AUGACUGAAGCAUAUAAAGAAUGGCUUCUUAAUGAAAAGAAUAACAUCGUGAAGAUGGUACAAGAAAGAGAUCUUGAAAGAAGACUUAUUGCAGAAGAAUGUAUAAAAAAUAUUAAUUUUUUGAGGCAAACAUUUGGAUUCUAUCCUAUUGAAUUAGAAGAUCAAAGUAUCAAGGUCGGGCCUUCAGAAAAAGAUGAUGUUUUCGAGAAUAAAGAAGAAAUUUAUGAUAAUAUGAUUAUAGAAUAUAAAUUUUGGUUUUUCCUCAAACAUAUUGAAACAGAAGAAAAUUAUUUGAGGCUUUUUGAACUUAUUAAAGAAAAGAAAAAUAAAGAUAACUAUUCAAAACUUUGCAGA